CAAAGGCCUGGCUCUGGAGCGAUCCCGAGCCACCUGUAGCAGCAAGAUCAAGAUCAAGCCCCGUCUGCUGCUGAACCUGUUGGAAGUGUUGCCGAUCUGCCGUGUGCGGUCCAUUGAGGCAGGAUGACAGCCGUGCACCUCAGCAAUGAAGUGUUCAUGUCUGAGCUGACACUGAUGUUUCACAAUGCUCGGACAAGUGGAGAAGUGGUAACAACUAUAAAGAGAUAUGAUGGGCGAACUCGUCCUCAUCCCAAGCCAAGAAGGUUGAAGAAUGGAAAGAUGUCAAAGGUUACUCCUCUUCCUGAGCCUGAUGAGUACAGCUGUUUAGUGCGAGCCAAGUCAAAAAAGAAGAAAAUAAGUACAGUGAUUUCUGCAGCAGAUGCAAUGAAGUUCCAGCUCCAAUUUGCUCAGUUCCUUCGCUCCAAUAUGGAUGGACUUAAAAAGGAGAAGAAAACAAAGAAAAAAGUUAAAAAGGCAACUCAGUAGUCUUAUGUGAUUAUAGUUAAGAUUGUGUGGAAGGUGACAACUCAUCAGGCUGGUGAUGGCACUAUAUAGGCUUGGGUUUGUCAGCAUCGCAUCAUGUGUCAAGCUUGUGGGACAUUCUGGUUAUAAGGCAUUUCAGGAGAAUGUUUGUGGAUCAUGAAACAUAAAUAGAUAAACCAUCUCUGCGUAAAACAGUGGCUAAACAUUGGGUAUUUAUAACAGAACAUAUAAUUUUGAAGUGAACAUUCAUAAUACCAAGUGUAUUAUUAAUGUUCACAUCAGAAUGAUGUGCUCUGUUCUGGUCUUACUCAUCUAUUCAGAUAACCUGUUGGAGAUAAUUUUUACGUUAUUUUCAAAUCUGUAAUAUAUCUGAAGAAUUUCAUAUCUAUGAUGUGAGAAAUAUGGGUUUAUGGUAUUUUUCAAACAACAGCAACAAUGAUAAUACAUUUGCAAAGAUCUUGCUUCAUGGUUUCCAGAUUAUUUCUAUGAUAAUUGUACAUACAUACAUACAGCAAAGCUGUCUUCUCCAAAAAGGCAAGGAGCUUAGACAAGGCACACAGCUUUCAUAUUCCCCACUCACAACACUUUUAGCCCCUUAGCUCCUGAAGAAGACAAAGUACUUCUACAUUCAUUGUAAUGCAAGGGAAAUGUAAGAAAAGAGAAUCCUGUCAUGUUGUGUUUGCAAAAUGUAACUCAUUCUUGAAUGAUUGUUUAAAAAAAGCAUGUACAUUUUGUUUUAAAGAUUAUUUGAUAAAAUACAAAGGAUUGUGCAUUUAUUUUAUAGAUUAUCUGGUGAAAUACAAAAGGCUUGUACACUUAUUUUAAAGAUUUUCUGAUGAAAUAUAUUUUUACAUUGAUUUGCUAUAGGACUUAAAAAAUUACCAAUUUACUAGUACAUAAUUUGAAUGCUACAAUGUUAUUAUAAUGAACCAAAUUUUUUGCUGUAAAUAGGAAGUGAAGAACCUUAAUUAUCUUAAAAAAAAUGUGUAUGCACUUGAAAGAUUUCAGUUAUGAGCAUCAUAAAUUUCCAGUUUAAUAUAAUCAUAUGUUGGUAUAUUUUUAUGGCUAAUUUUCAUAAAGAAUUUUUUUGUUUUGUUUUGUUUAAAAACAAUUAAUAUUUUGAAAUAAAAAUGGAACCAACUUAAUGUCAUGAGGCAUGCUUUGUUUGGUUUCAUUGUUUAUCUGCAUUCUUUUAGGGAUGAACCUUUCCUCACUUCAUACACUAUGGAAUAUAUAAAUGCUAAUAAAGGACUUAUUAUAUAAGAUAUGAUGCAAAGUUUUCAGAAUUUUUUUUUUUUUCACAUUUACUUGUCAGAUUAAAUAUUUGAAGACAUAUAUAAUAUAUUAAGUAUAUUUGAUUCAUAUGUUUGCCUUACCAAAUCUAAAUAUAUUUGAUUGAUAUGUUUGCCUUACAUUUUUUUUCUCAUUUAAAUUUUUUUUUUUUUUUUUUUGUUAAAGUAUACAGUUUUGGUUAUUUGUCAUUGAAAAAAUUAACAAUCAAGCUGAAGAUACUGCAUGGUCACAGUGAGAUUUGUGGUUCUCAUAUACAUAAAAAUGUAACCAAAAAAAUCAGCUAUUAUUAUCAAACAAAAUAUGCCACAACUUCAAAGGAAAUAAUAUUUGUGGCACAAUUUUCAUUACUCAAGGGAUGCCAUCGUUUGAUCAUCAAUUCAUCUGAUUUAACAAGUACCAUAUAUUCAUGUCUGCAUAGGCUCGGGUUGUUCUACUUAAGUUUAAAGUAGGUUGUUGAACUGCUAUAAAAGUUUCCUGGAUUGUGUAUGAAGCCCAUUCAGGUUGCAGUUUUCACACCACUUGCCUCAGGACUACAGACAUUUUUGAUGCAGAUGCAAUUCUGGAAUGGCUGUAAAAGGUUUCCCCUGCCCUGGGUGCCAUCCUUGGAAUGUCUUGUUUUUCAUGUUUGGUUGUCAGUAUUCUUAAUAAAUCACCAAAAGACA